CUCAUGGCAGCCACCUGUGAGAUCAGCAAUGUUUUUAGUAACUACUUCAACGCCAUGUACAGUUCAGAAGACCCCGCCCUGGCUCCCGCUCCUCCAUCGACUACCUUUGGCGCGGAUGACUUGAUGUUGACACUGAACAACCCCCAGAUGUCGCUGGGAGGUCCAGAGAAGGCGAGUUGGUCAGGGGAGCAGCCCCAGUUCUGGUCAAAGAGCCAGGUUUUGGACUGGAUCAGCUACCAAGUGGAGAAGAACAAGUACGACGCCAGUUCCAUUGACUUCUCGCUAUGUGAUGUGGACGGGGCCACCCUCUGCAGCUGUGCCCUUGAGGAGCUAAGGCUGGUCUUUGGGCCUCUGGGAGACCAACUCUACGCCCAACUUCGGGACCUCACCUCUUCCAGCUCAUCAGAUGAACUCAGCUGGAUCAUCGAACUGCUGGAGAAAGAUGGCAUGGCCUUCCAAGAGGGUCUAGGAGACUCGGGCCCCUUUGAUCAGGGAAGCCCUUUCGCCCAGGAGCUGUUGGAUGAUGGCCGCCAGGCCAGCCCCUACUACGGCAGUAGCUAUGGCCCUGGAGCGCCCUCCCCUGGUAGCUCUGAUGUCUCUACUGCAGGAAUCGCUACUCCCCAGAGCUCCCACUCCUCUGACUCCGGUGGAAGUGACUUGGACCUGGAUCUCACUGAUAGCAAGGUCUUCCCUAGAGAUGACUUUCCUGACUAUAAGAAGGGGGAACCCAAGCACGGGAAGAGGAAACGGGGGUGCCCCAGAAAGCUGAGCAAAGAGUACUGGGACUGCCUGGAGGGCAAGAAGAGCAAGCAUGCCCCCAGAGGUACUCUUUUGUGGGAGUUCAUCCGAGACAUCCUCAUCCACCUUGAGCUCAACGAAGGCCUCAUGAAAUGGGAGAACCGGCAUGAGGGUGUGUUCAAGUUCCUCCGCUCAGAGGCCGUGGCCCAACUUUGGGGCCAAAAGAAGAAGAACAGCAACAUGACCUACGAGAAGCUGAGUCGGGCCAUGAGGUACUACUACAAACGGGAGAUCCUGGAACGGGUGGACGGCCGGAGACUCGUCUACAAGUUCGGCAAGAACUCCAGCGGCUGGAAGGAGGAAGAGGUCAUAGAGAGUCGGAAUUAA